CCGGUUUCAUCGAGUUCCUCAGAGUCUAGGGUUUGUCGUCACAGGCAAAGCGAUUUUACAGGUUUUUCCGGCUCCGACAAUGGCGAUACCACACCCGUACGAUCCAGUAUACUACAACCUUCCGUCCAUUCCUCCACUUGAGUAUGCCGGCUACGAUGAUCCCAACGCCAUUAACACACUCUUCGUUUCUGGUCUACCUGACGACAUCAAGGCCCGUGAGAUCCAUAAUCUAUUCCGCCGUCGGCCUGGUUUUGAUUAUUGCCAACUCAAGUACACCGGCCGUGGAAAUCAGGUUGUUGCAUUUGCAACUUUUGUAAACCAUCCGUCAGCAAUCGCUUGCCUUCACGCUUUGAAUGGUGUUAAGUUUGACCCUCAAACUGGAUCUACUCUGCAUAUUGAACUUGCAAGAUCAAACUCCAGAAGAAAGCGUAAACCAGGACAUGGGGCGUAUGUUGUGAUUGAUAAGAGAUCAACAGCUGCUAAAGAUGGUCAAGAUUCAAGUGAUGAUGGAGAUAGUGAAACUGAAGAACCAUCUGAGGCCAACAAACAUGCUUCCACCAACAAGGAUAACAAGAGUGACGAGGAGACCGCUGUGGAUCCCGACAAUACCGGUGCUGCAGAGAAUGAACAUACAGAAAAUGCAGUUGAUGGAGCAUGUUCGACUUUGUUUAUUGCAAAUUUAGGCCCCAAUUGCACAGAAGAUGAGUUAAAACCUGUUCUUUCUCGAUACCCAGGAUUUAACACACUCAAGGUGCGUAAUAGAGGUGGAAUGCCCGUUGCAUUUGCCGAUUAUGAGGAGGUGGAACAAGCUACCGAGGUCAUGAACGCCCUUCAGGGAAGCACCCUACCAUCAUCGGACCGUGGAGGCAUGCAUAUAGAGUAUGCAAGAUCAAAAAUGAGGAAGCGAUGAGACAUCAAGAGUAUGUCCGCAAAACCUUAGUGUAGAAAAAAAAGGAUAGAUUUGUAGGAGAAAUGCAUGCAAUGUAACUUGCUUUCUGCUCCUGGUUUAUCCCAGAAGGAUUCUGUUAAUGACCUCGAGUGUAAAGUUGUUAUUGUAGCAUAUUGACAACC